AGAGAGAGCGAUGGUUCUCGUUUUGGAAUGAGUUUGGACCUUGGAACAUCCGGAGCGAGGCUGAGGCUACAAACACUACCGACGGUUUAUCCUGUUUACCAAUCUGUUUAAUGACGUUACGGCCACGGUGUAAUUUUGCGAACGUCGAAACUACUCUCGGAUUGAAACAGACGCGAGACAAAGACGCAAGAUACGGAACACGGAUAAGAAACCGAGCUCGCUCCGUGCUUCGUACAAACCAAAGAGCCAGUUAAUAUUCCGGAGAAGCUACGCGACCUAACCAAGCAAUUUCCAGUUGAGCAAUAAAUAACAAAUUAGAUUCGAGGCGUAACAGUCCGGUCUAUUAUUUUUCAUCUCGCGAACCUUCGCCGAGAAUCGGCGAGCGACUUCCGCGCGACUUCUUGAUUGGGAAAUAUUUUCCCACUUAUUCGCGCAAACAUCUCUAAGUGAGCCGUUGUAAACACUUGAUAACGUAACUUUGAACAUAAACUUUUGCGUAAUCUCGCGAUACACCUGUUGGAUCAAAGUUUACCGGUAAUUAUAGCAGCUGUCGUAGCAUCGGCCGGAGGUAUUCGUCCGUUAUCUCGAAACCUACUGAGUUUAGACGUUACUCAAAGACGAGGAUGGAGGAACUGAAAAUAUCGGGGGAUAAAUUAAUCAAAGAUUAAUUUAUAGGAAUCGAUAUGUCUUAUCGGACACCGUGCGAAAGAGGAAUUCUCCGAAUAGAGACGGAACGCGCGGUAAUACUUCUUUCUCCUCUCUUCCCCGGAAAUGGAACGCUUUCCAUUCGUUUAUUUUGCUUCGUUGGUUUCUCGGAAGUUUAGCUCCACGAAAUUGUGCACGUUGCUCCUUCUCUUCUUCUCUUCUUUUUUCAACAGCGUUGCGUGAAUCGUAUUUAUCCCAAGCGGAUUUCGCGACUAAUGCGCGCCUGGCUGCUUUUUGCAGGCUCGAAAUAUGUCGCGUUACUUAAUCGCGGAACCGCUGGGAUACAUUAUGGAACCCGUAAUGGAUAAUUCGAUUAAGUCGACGGACUAGUGGCAAGUUAUGAUUCGUUUAGCAUCGACCCGCUGCUGCAACGGCCAGCGGCGACGAAAGUUAAGGCUUGUUUCAGUCCCGCGCGAAACUACUUUCCCCGAGAAACAUCGUGACGAAAACGCGACCGUUGUUUUGGGCGUGGAAACUCGGCGUGGAAACUCGCAGAUUAAGGCGCGAAAAAGUGUAGCAGCGCCUCACGUCCUUCACGCCUUCUUCCUUCCUUUUUCUCUUUUUGACAAACAGUUGAAACUUCCCGUUAAAUCUGCUGGACGUUAAAAGAGUGUAAACUCCGAAAAUCUAACAUUCUGUUCUCUCGCAAAGAGAAAAAGUUUCCUCUACAAAGUCACGCUAGGGAAAAAUCACCCCUGGAUGAAACUCGUUCAAAUUUCGAAAGAGAAUUCGGUAAUACGCUGUGUAAAUGAACAUUCUUUGUUUUCGCGAAAAAAGUUUCCGAAGGAGAAAAAAAUUACACGAAAGUUUCUUUUCGGUGAUUUGAUCUCUCGAAGUCACUUGUGAACAUUGAGCGGUACGCCUAAGACAUUAUUUAAUGUUAGAUUUCAAAGUAAAUCCGAAAGAUAUCGUCGGAUAAAGCAAUGCACUGAUAUAGUGAACAUUUCGUCAUUAGAUAUACUUUGUGGCCAAACUGGUGCUGGAAUGUUAAGAAUUAUUUCCAGGAUUAUCUUUAGAACGAUUGCGAUCAUAAGUAAAAAUCUCCCAGCUCGUUAAUCCUCUCCACGAGUAAUUGACGCAUGACGAAUUAAUUACACCUAUCAAUCUAUAUCACUUAUCGAUUGCAACGGACAAGCGUUCGUCGUCAGCAAACUAUAAAAGAAACCACCGACGUGAAGACCAAACCAAAAUCAUCUACGACAUUCCACAAAUUCUCAGAAAUGGCAGCUGUGCCGACGAUUGCGUUAGUUUAUCCGCCUCUCUUGGCGUUAUUAACCACGAGCAACGAGAACUACACGAUCUUCGCAAAUGACCAUGGAGUCGCAUACGCGAUUGACAUCAGCGAACCAACACUGAAUGAAACCGAAAUCGCGGAGAUGGCGGACGCUGUAGCGAAGACUGCUUUCUUCUUGUACACUCGGAAGAACCCGAGACAGGGGCAAGUGUUGCUCCUCGACGACUUGGACAACAUAAGGAACAGUUUCUGGGAUUCAAAACGUCCCACUCGUCUGAUCACCCACGGCUGGCACGGAAAUAUCGACAGCGUCGUCUGCACCCUCGUACGAGAUGCAUAUCUCAAGGCUGGCGAUUACAAUGUCAUCCUGAUCGACUGGCAGAAGGCGGCCAGUUAUUUAAUAUAUUGGAAAUCCGCGAGUAGCGUGCCGCAAGUGGCAAGUCGGGCGGCCCUUAUGUUGAACUUUUUGGAGGAGAACGCAGGUCUGAAUCCGGAUACAACCAAGCUGAUCGGACACUCCUUGGGAGCGCACAUCUCUGGCCUGGCCGCUCGCUUCGCGAACAGCGAGAUCAACGAAGUACUCGCUCUAGACCCUGCGAAACCCUCGUUCUCCGGGAAGAACCCGGGCUCCAGGGUGGACAAGACGGACGCGUUUCGAGUCCAAGUGAUACAUACGAGCGUGGGUGUCCUAGGCAUGAAGGAGGCGAUCGGCACUGCCGAUUUCUACCCGAACGGCGGCGGAAAGCAGCCGGGAUGCAGCCUGUGGGACUUGAUCGGUGUGUGCGCGCACUCGAGGUCUUACAUGUACUACGCCGAAUCCAUCGUGAAUCCGAAAGGUUUCCGCGCCGACGACGUGUUCAUGGGAGGACCGAUUCUCGAUGCAAAGGCGAAAGGAGAGUACGUUCUGGAGACCGCCAGCGAGUCACCGUUCGCGCUUGGAUAAUGAUCUACUCGUUUUAUAAUUAUUAUUUUGGUACAAAUUUUACGAUAUGAUAUUAAAGAUGACUUUCUUAAAACCUU